GUGUGGAUGAUGGUGAGGAUAUCCCACGGGAAAUGCUGAUUGGGAUCUACGAGCGAAUCCGCAAGCGAGAGCUGAAGACCAAUGAGGAUCAUGUGUCCCAGGUCCAGAAGGUGGAAAAGCUCAUCGUAGGAAAGAAACCGAUUGGAUCUCUGCACCAUGGACUUGGUUGUGUGCUCUCUCUGCCCCACCGGAGGCUUGUUUGCUACUGUAGACUGUUUGAAGUCCCAGAUCCCAAUAAACCUCAGAAGCUUGGACUGCACCAGCGAGAAAUAUUUUUAUUUAAUGAUCUUCUCGUGGUGACCAAGAUUUUUCAGAAGAAGAAGAACUCAGUUACAUACAGUUUUCGGCAGUCGUUUUCCCUCUAUGGAAUGCAAGUCCUUCUCUUUGAGAACCAGUAUUAUCCCAAUGGCAUUCGGCUCACGUCAGCUGUUCCAGGAGCAGAUAUCAAAGUGCUAAUAAAUUUCAAUGCACCAAAUCCUCAGGACAGGAAGAAGUUUACAGAUGAUUUGAGGGAAUCAAUUGCAGAGGUUCAAGAAAUGGAAAAGCACAGAAUAGAGUCUGAACUAGAGAAGCAGAAGGGAGUGGUGCGUCCGAGCAUGUCCCAGUGCUCCAGCCUGAAGAAGGACUCUGGGAAUGGGACGCUGAACAGAGCUUGCCUGGAUGACAGCUAUGCCAGUGGGGAGGGGCUGAAGCGCAGUGCGCUGAGCAGCUCGCUCAGAGACCUGUCUGAAGCAGGCAAGCGUGGGCGACGCAGCAGUGCAGGAUCGCUAGACAGCAAUAUGGAAGGGUCCAUCAUUAGCAGUCCUCACAUGCGCCGAAGAGCUACAUCAACCCGAGAGUGUCCAUCUCGCCCUCACCAGACUAUGCCUAACUCCUCCUCACUCCUAGGUUCCUUAUUUGGUAGUAAAAGGGGAAAACCACCUUCCCAAGGCCAUCCACCAUCUGGCUCAUCACAGCAACCUCCGCACCCUCCAGUCCUCCCACAUCAGCAGCACUCUCAGCACCCCUCGGCCAUGCACCACGCGGGGGCCGUGGAGGGGCAGGCGCAGGCUCAG